UAUAGUGGCUUUAAAUGUAGAUUAUUUAUUGUUAUAUUCUUGGGUUGCUGUAGUUGAAGUGCUUUUACUUUGCCCAGUGUCCACAAGCAUAGAUUCUCUCUUUCUCAAUCUGUGUGCAUUUGGAAGCUCAGACUUGUGGCUUAUAACUCAUUUUUCUCCGUUAAAUUGUUGCGGGAUUCUUUGCUCAUAAAAAAGACUCUCUGCUUUCGCCCCCUGUCCUUUCUCCUUUUCAUGGGUGCCUUUCAUUUUCUCAUUAUUUUUUAGGAUAUUUCAUAACUGGGGAACUCACCACAAUCGUUUUGUUUGCAACAAAAGGAUUGUUUAUUCUAUAUAUUUGGGUUGAAGAAUAAUGAGCUACAAUAAUCCUAGUAGCGGUUCUGGUAGUAGAAGUGCUAGAAGGACAUUUGAGUUUGGAAGAACACAUGUGGUCAGGCCUAAAGGGAAACACCAGGCAACUAUAGUUUGGCUUCAUGGCCUUGGUGACAAGGGCUCAAGCUGGUCGCAGCUUUUGGAAACCCUUCCUCUUUCAAAUAUUAAGUGGAUUUGUCCUACUGCUCCUACUCGCCCAGUAGCAUUAUUUGGUGGAUUCUCUUGCACAGCUUGGUUUGAUGUGGGCGAUAUUUCAGAAGAUGCCCCUGACGAUUUGGAGGGGUUAGAUGCUUCAGCUGCGCAUGUCGCAAAUCUUUUAUCGACAGAACCCGCUGGCAUCAAACUUGGUAUUGGGGGCUUCAGCAUGGGUGCAGCAACAGCCCUCUACUCCACAACCUGCCGUGUUCUUGGGAAAUUUGGUAAUGGAAACUUGUAUCCAGUCGACCUAAGUGCAAUUGUUGGUCUAAGUGGCUGGCUUCCAGGCUCAAGAACCUUGAGGAAUCAGAUGGAGGGUUCACUGGAGGCUGCAAGGCGCGCAGCAUCUGUUCCCAUUUUGAUGUGCCAUGGCUUAGUUGAUGAUGUGGUCGCCUAUCAGCUCGGACAGAAAUCUGCUCAGGCCUUGUCCUCGGCAGGAUUUCGAAAUCUAACGUUUAGAACCUACAACGCGAUGGGACACUACACAAUCCCUGAGGAGACUGACGAAGUUUGUAAUUGGCUAACAGUAACUUUGGGGCUUGAGGGGUCCCGAGCUUACUAGAAGAAAAAGAUGAUCUUUAACGGUUAGCAUAACUAUACGAGACUAUAUAAUAGAUAUGGAUAUGGGUAUUGCGGCAUAGUGAAAUGUAGCAGCAUGGCUUGAGCUUGUAUAAAGCCGUCUCAUCUCUUCUACCGUCUCUCUCUCUCUCUCUCUCUCUCUCUCUUCACAUCUACUAAAUUUUGUUGUUCCAAUAAUAAUAAGUUUUACCUUGUAAUAUGUUAUUUCAGAUUUCGAAUAUCA